AUGCAUAUCUCAAUCAGAAGUAGCUCUGGGGAGACGAACACUUGUGAAGUGGAACCAUGGCUUACCAUUGGAGGUGUCAAGAUUUUGUUAAAUGUACAUUCCAAGCUCGUCAAAGGUACAUGGGCUCCUCCAGACGAUUAUGUGCUUAUAUUCGCAGGACGAAGGCUUGAAGACAACUAUACUUUGUCCGAUUACGGAAUCCAGAAUGAAGAUAUAGUCGAAGUAGAAUCUCGCUAUCUAAGUGGAGUCAGGGUAGUGUUGUGUUCGUAUUGUGAAGAAGUAGAAUCGCCUCGGAAUAAAGAGAUCGAAAAUUUACUUACAUGCUGCAUUUGCACCGUACGUUACAGCGAGCCAAAGGUACUUCCUUGUCAGCAUACAUACUGUCUGCAGUGUCUCGAAAUGUGCGUGAGGUUUCACAUUAUUUCACAAUCAGGGAAACUUACAUGCCCAAUAUGUCGUGCCGAACAUUCAAUUCCAUCAGAAGGAGUACAGGCGUUCCCAACUUCUGACAACGAGGAAAUUCAAAGUGAUGGGUGA